UGAGGUGAAUCUAUCAUUUGGAUUUCUUGUGCUUUUUUGGCCCUUCGCUCAGAUAUCCUGUGGAUAACAGUCGCUCUCUUCUUGACAUUGUUAAUUUGUGCCUUGGCGAGGCACAGAUCGUCCAAAUUAAUAAUAUCUAAUUUCCUUUCCUUCCCUUGCACUUUUCGCUUAUUGUCUCUUGUCUUAUUUUCUUUCUUUCUUUGUUUCUCCUCCCCUUCUUUGGUAUUCUCUUUGAUUUGUCCAUUUCUAUUCAGGAGAAAAAGAUGUAUUAUACCCACCACCAGCAUCUCCUUCCUUGUUUGCAUUGCCACCCACAUAGCUACAUUAGGAUGGUUCACCAUCUUAUAGAGAGAUGCCUGCUCCUUCACAUGAGCAGAGACCAAUGCAUUAAGGCACUAGCAGAACAUGCCAACAUUCGGCCUCUUGUUACACUUACAGUGUGGAGAGAACUACAAAAAGAAAAUAAGGACUUCUUUCAUGCAUAUUUCCGUUCUACUUCUUUCAGGCCUUUCCCAAAUAGGUGUACUCAAAGGGUGUCCAGAUUGGCAAGAAGGAAACAGUGGAAUUGGAGCAAAUGAGAAUUAUAUAUUUGCAAAUACGUACUGGGUGAGGGAAGCAGGUCGUCAUCAAUUAGCUAGUUAUGUUUUUAGCUAGUAUAUAUAUAUAUAUAUAUAUUUUUUUUUUUUGUUUUUUGGUGCAAUAGCUAGUAUGUUUUUUUUAUAAGCAUCUUCUAUUUAUUCUUCUGAGAAAUUUUAGAAUACAACUAUUAUAUAUACGAUUAUUCUAUUAUAUAUAUAAUUUCAUUAUAAUUAUUAAUUACGAUA